CAUUGCCGUUUCAGCAAACAAAGUUUUUGUAUCCUUCCCGGGGAGUGAUUGGUCACCAUUUUUCUAGAGAAUCACACGAUGGAAAAUGGGAGACCCCCAUCUUCACCAACAGGAGAGAGAAACUGAUAAGAGUAAAAAUAAACGACGCAAAUACUCUAUUGAAGAUGAAUUUCUUUCGCAAAUUCUCUUCACAACCCCACUUCUCUAAAAUUAUCAAAAGAUCCUUCAACUCUUUCAAAUUUCCUGGAGAUUCCUUAGAUCCUCCUCACAUCCAUGGUAUUCAUGUCUUCCAUUGCCCAGAUGCAGUUGGUAUUGUGGCAAAGUUAUCAGAAUGUAUUGCAUCAAGAGGUGGAAACAUUCUUGGAGCUGACGUUUUUGUACCGGAAAAGAAACAUGUCUUUUACUCUAGAAGUGAAUUUGCUUUUGAUCCUUCUAAAUGGUCAAGGGAGCAAAUGGAUGAGGACUUUGGCAAAAUUGCUAAAACGUUCAAUGCAUUGAAAUCAGUUGUCCGUGUGCCUGAUAUAGAUCAAAAAUACAAAAUCGCCGUUUUUGCUUCAAAGCAGGACCAUUGUCUUGUUGACUUGCUGCAUGCAUGGCAGGACGGAAAAUUGCCUGUAGAUAUAACUAGAGUGAUAAGUAAUCAUGAUAGACAUCCAGAUUCUCAUGUUAUGCGUUUUCUUGAGCGGCAACGAAUUCCAUACCAUUUUGUAAAGCCAAUUGCUGGAGACAGAAGAGAGGAAGAGAUUUUGGAUUUGGUUCAGGACACGGAUUUCCUAGUACUUGCUAGGUACAUGCAGAUAUUGUCAGGAGAUUUUUUGAAAAGGUAUGGAAAGGACAUUAUUAAUAUUCACCAUGGCCUUUUACCAUCAUUUAAGGGCGGCAAUCCUUCGAGACAGGCGUUUAAUUGUGGAGUAAAAUUGAUUGGUGCCACAACUCACUUUGUAACAGAAGAACUUGAUGCAGGACCAAUCAUUGAACAAAUGGUUGAGAGAGUUUCUCACAGAGAUAACUUCCGCACUUUUGUACAGAAAUCAGAAAACCUUGAGAAACAGUGCCUCUCAAAGGCAAUAAGGUAUUACUGUGAGCUACGUGUUCUACCUUUUGUGGAGAACAAGACCGUUGUGUUCUGAUUCCUGAGGGAAAAAUUGAAACUCGUCUUAUGUAUGUAUAUACAAACAUUCAUAUUUUCCUUGAUGAUUUUGACAAGGCAAUGAUAUAGAGGAAAACUAGAUAAUUUUUUAUACCUUUCAUUAUCAUAUGAUGAAAUGAAUAUUACUCGUGAUUAUCGUUGCAAGCCUGCAAAUGUAGUUUAAGUGCAGUGCAGCCGUAGACAAACCUAAAAGGUCAUAGUAUGAUGUCUUUGUCUCA